GAAAAAUCGGAGACGAGAUUUGCGGUGCGCGCGAGGGAGUGGCCGCUACAGCAUCUGGUUGCACAAGAGCUACUUGCCAGCCUCUCAGAGCAGCGCAACCAAUCGCGAGCAGCUGUGAGACAGCGUAGGCGACGCACAGCCACCGGGUCACAAGGCCAGGAUUUAUCCGGCGCCAUAUAUUGCCGCGCAGCCUCGGACACGCCCGGCAGGCGUCGUCUGCGCAUAGGGCCAGCGCUGCCACGACCGCGCGGGUGUCGAAAAACCGUCGCCGCCGAACGAAAAGACAACGCCGGCCGCGAUGUCCGAGUUCGACGAGGAGGACCCCGAAAUCGCCGCCGCGUCGGCGCAGGGCGGCUACACGAAUGAUGAAAACGACAACGAGGGCUUCGUGAGCUUGGACGCGGUGAAGAAGCACUACCGGGGCGCCGACGACGACGACGAGGAGUCGGACGAUGGGUUGGACAUCACUGAAAAAUUAAGGAAGGAGAUGACGUGUGCUGUGUGUUUAUCUUUAUUCCGCGAUCCUAUUGCAUUAAGGUGCGGCCACGCGUACUGUCGAGCUUGUGCCGCUACGUUGAGACUACGUAGCGAACCGAAGCGCGCCCGGUGCCCCGCGUGCCGAGCGCCUUUACGUAAGGGUGAAGAUGAAGAAACACCGACGUCCAUACCUCUGAGAAAUGCAUGUAGACUCCUAAGAACGGCAGAAGAACGGGAAGCCGACGACUCCAUCCAGCGCGCGAGAGCCGCGGAGGAAGCGGCGGAAGAAAGACGGCGGGAAAUCGACGACGCGUUAGGUGAGUGCCUCGUCGCGGCGUCGGCGAACGACCCGCCCGUCGGGUGGCGGCGCAUCCAAUUCGGGAAACGAUUAGCUGUUUGUACUAGAAAUGUCCGAAGAGAGGGCACGUCGCAUCGCAUCGCUCUAGCAUUAAGGCUGGAUCGGUGGGACAUCGACCAUGAUUCAGCGAACUUUGGGGUCUGCGUCCUGAAGGCCGAGGACGACGAGGACACUCUGUCAGAGCCGUUGCCCGUGUGUCUCUCGACUACGGGAGACGACGACUGCCUGAUCGCGCGGGACCACGCCGAUCGGAGCGUGGUGCUCGAAGGCGAAAAUGCGCCCUCGUUCGGGGGCCCCUGGGCGCAGACCGCGGCGUUGGUGCGGGGCGAGGCCUGGUUCGGCGAUGUUGAUGUGUGGGGCGGCGGCGAGCCCUGGGAGAGCGUCGGCGACUGGUUAGUGUUGGAUUUGGUGGACGCGGAGUGCGGGUUGGAGUUGAGGAUAGCCGUGCACCGCUCGCUGGACGCACAGGCGCCAGAUGAGAGCGAUGUGGAGUCGGCCGGGUCGCGGAGCUCGCGCUACGAGUCCGACGACGGGUUCAUCGUGGCGAGCGACGAGGAGGACGCCGUCGAGGCGUCGGCGGACGCGGAGUUCUCUGACGAAGAGCCGCCGGCGCGCUUAACGGGCCACAUGAGCCGCGAGGCGGCGCGGGCGGCUGUCGACUCGCCUUCCUUCUUAAACGGCCUCGGGGAUGCGGCCGGCGCGUCGGACGACUCGGACGAGGACGAGGAGGAGGAGCCGAUCCGGCGGAAGCGGCCUAGGCGAUAACCUUACUCA